AUGGCAAUCAUGAGAUUGAAGAAAGGGAUGAAGGUAGAGGUGUCGAGCAAGAGGGAAGUGACUCUGGGCUCUUGGCGGCGUGCUGAGAUCAUAUCCGGUAACGGGCACACCUAUCAAGUCAAAUAUGAAAGCUACCAACCUGGCAUGGCUGCAGCAACUGAAAGAGUACCGAGAAAGUUCAUUAGGCCAUUGCCUCCAUCAGUGGUUUAUUUGUCGAAUUGGACUCCCGAUGACAUUGUAGAAGCAUUUGACAACCACUCGUGGAAGCUCGCAAGAGUGUCAAGUGUGGCUUAUGGGGACUACUAUUUUGUUGGAAUCAUUGGAUCUUGUAAGCAAAUCAGAGCUCAUAAAUCUGAACUUAGGGACUCUGGCACAUUUAAGGAUGGAAAGGUCAUAAGGUGCAACCAUCAUAAAGGACUCCCUGGUCUGAACAGUGGCCUGAGGAAAAGGCACAGCAUCUGCUUGCAACCUGCUGAGUUAUGCAUGCAUGCUUCCAUGAAUCACAGAGAUUUUGGAUCUUCUGAUUCACUAGAAGCAAAUGAUGCCCAUAGUAUCUCAUCCUCUGUUGAUAGCUGUAGUCCUCGCAGCAAUGUUUGUUUGUCGCCCUGCCAUCUUACAACUUAUCCAACUCAAGGCAGGUCUCUUGAUCAUCACUUAGAAUUACAUACUUACCACUGUACCAUGAUGGCAUUGUAUUCACCUGAACACUUCACUUGGGAGCAAGAAGCAUUCAUGACAGACCUCCGUCUUCAUCUCCAUAUUUCAACUGAUGAACAUCGAGAAGAGCUAAAGCAUUUAGCAUCCACUCAAAGUGAUAGAGAGAGUUAUGCCUAA